CAUGGUCCUGGUCAUGUGCAAGAAGCAGACAACAAAGAAGUGGGGGUGCCUAACGAAGGCGGAACUGCAGACUAAAGAGAAAGAAAAACCCACUACGGAGGAGACUGCAGACCCCAGCGACGGCCUGAUGAGCAUGCUGAAGAAGAUAUACUCCGACGGAGAUGACGAGAUGAAGAGAACCAUCAACAAAGCCUGGUCAGAGUCCCAGGAGAAGAAGAGCCGAGGAGAAGACGCGCUGGACCUGUAAACUGCACCCACUUCUAUUCCGCAAGCGAAAAUAAGUGAGAUCUUCCAAGGCUGCAGCAGACAUGAAUUGAAUAUCAAACGGUAUAACCGACGUCCCAGUAUAUAAAUCACACUUUCACAAUAUGUAGAAUUUAGGUAUACAGCUCAUAAAUAAGGAGACAUGAGUAAUUUUUAAUCCCUGGAUGGCCUCAGCUUUGAAAACCAGGCUGCUAAUAGUCAUAAAUCAUAAAGCUGUUAAUAAAUAUAAUCACACAAUUGUGUACAAACACAAAAGUGCUGAUCAUGAGGCAGAAGCCUAAACACAACAAGAAUUCACACCGAUUCAUCAUGUCUUUUCUACCAUAAUGCAGCCAUUUUCUUCCCAAGAUGAAUAUCUUGUAAGUUGUACAUGAUUUCAACUGGACCAGGGAAAUGGAAAAAUUGUUGACUUGUUCUGUUAAGUCACUUGUUGAUCGUCCUGUGCUGAUUCGUUGUAGCUAAACUGAUGUAUAGGAUGUUUUCUCGUGAACAUUUGCUUAAGUCACCCUCGCAUUCCUUAAAUGAAGACGACCAGAGGACAUAUCAGUCUUCAGAUCAGCCUUUUGAUUUUUUUUUGUCAUUCUAUAAAUGGACCAUGAUGAUAGUUGCAAAGACUGUAGCGAUCAUACAGCCCAGUGUAAUAAUCUACAUUACUGCAUGGGUGUGUAUAAAGUGUAAUGUGCUUUACUCGUGUUAAACUGUGUAAAACCCAAACAUUCAUUUCAAUUCUUUCAUGUAACGUAGUGAUUUUCCUACUAUGAUUUCCAUGGUUCAACUUUUUUGCAUCAUGAUUUGUCUCCACUGUUUGUGAAUAUGUACAAAUUGACUUUUUAACUAAGUUGAUAUUUUGCUUUGGUUGUUCAUGUCAGUCUUAUGUGUAUUGUUGCCCGCCCUCAGGUUGUUCAUGCAGUUCAGACAAAUAUAACUUUUGAACUGA